ACGGGCAAGUCGCGCAAUGAUAUCGUGCAACCAUUAGGUAGUCCACCAGGAUCGGUCGGAGUUAGUCCGCUGCCCCCCGGAACCUUGUCGCCACUCGGACCCUCAAUGGGGCCUGUACAUUCUGGUCAAGUUGGAGGGCCGCACCCACCCUUAUCAGCUUCGCCUUCGCCAACUAACAACAACAUCAUCAACUUUAACAACAAACAGCCAGCUUCGGAACCACUGACUGGUGAGAACGGGAUGCCGCGACGGCUCCGCACCGCCUACACCAACACUCAACUGCUUGAGCUGGAGAAGGAGUUCCACUUCAACAAGUAUCUGUGCCGGCCGCGGCGGAUUGAGAUCGCCGCAGCUCUCGACCUCACCGAACGGCAGGUUAAAGUGUGGUUCCAGAAUCGGCGAAUGCGUCAUAAGCGGCAAACAAUGGUAUCGAAGAGCGAGGGUCAAGGUGGCACCGAUAAAGAGUCAAACGCGUCGGAAAACGAUGACGACAGCAGUGCUACGGUCACUGGCGUCAUGGGGUUGAGUAUGGGCGUAGCCGUCGGGGUUGGAAGUCUUAAAGGAAAAGGAAUGUGCGGGAUGCCUGGCAACGAUUGCAGCCCACAGCCCGGUGUUGGUGUAAAGGAUUGUUGUACGCCAAUCCAGGCGUUACCGCCGACCUCGAAUGCGCCCAGUGGGCCGCCGGCCGGCCCUAACGGUCUGGUCGCAGGCGUUGGGCCGAGCCCAAGUGGGCCUCAACUUCUCUCACGUAACACAUGCUCACCAAGCGGUAGUGAUCACGGAUCGAUAUCGUCAGACGAUCCGAAACCGCAUCUACACGCCGCACUCACCGGAGCAUCCGCGACACCAUCACCAGGUUCAGCAAGAGGUGACAAAACGCCGACACCAACCGGAACACCUAUUUUACUUGAUCGGGCAAUCAAGCCUGAUCCAUCGCUGGCGUACCCUGGAGGUCAACAAACCACACCGUCACCCCCUGGAGCUGGUCAACGAGGUCCGUUUCCUCAGAUGGGCUCUCCCAUGCACUCCAGUCCUACACCGCUGUAUCAGCAGAAGGCCCAGCAACAACAACAACAAACGGCCCAGCAACAGUGUCAACAGUCACAACAACAGCAGCAGCAGCAGCAGCAGCAGCAACAAUACUACGGAACGCGUCCUUCGGGAGGCACAGCGUGCUACCCUAGCGUCACGUACAAGUCAAACCAUAUGUUCUACCACCACGCCGCUGCACCCCAGUCGAACUCACCUAACUGCGGAUCACAGUACCCCGCAGCAGCAGGCGGACAGGCCAGCCCGAAUAUGGUUAGCGCACGAAUGCCUCAGUACUUUGACGGGUAUGGGGAUCAACGCUUUGAUUACCAGGGGGGUUACUCAGGACCAGGUAACCAAUACACGCAAGGAUACACGAGCUAUGGCUCUGACGACCUGUCCGGGGAUCAGCAGUACUACGAUCGACACGAUUACUCGUCGCUCGUACACAAACAACAACAACAACAACAACAACAGCAAAGUCAGUACCCAUGUUACGAAUCACAGUAUCAUUCGAGUGGCGAUACAGCCAGUCAGCACUUCAACGGCUUUUCUGAUGGUCAUCAACAUGGUGGUGGAGUUGGCGGAGGAAGCCAACAGCAGAACGGAACUAGAGAUGGAGAUAUGAACUUUAAUAUGUAUUAUAAUAACGGGAGCACCGGCUCGAUGAGCGCGUGCAGUACUCCGGGUACCCCACAGAGCCAAUGCUAUCAAGAAGGCUUGGCUAACGAGUGGUCGAAUGGCGCCGGUCAAGGACAGUUUGGAAGUGCUGAAUAUUACCAACUUGGCUAGAUUGUCACUUACCUCAACGCGGCUGAAGUUAACCGCUUCGACUGGUUUGCUUGCUUUUCAACACUUGGCUGACAGCUCACAUAGUGCUGGAUCGAACGGAAAAAAGGACAGCAGAGAGAUCGUAACCGCUAAAAGUCCGUCUUACGUCAAAUGUUCUAUCUUCAGAUUGCUUGCCGAAGUAUGCAUUACUUGCCCAUGUGAUGGGUCGCGCAACAAAUGUGGAUCGCUCUAAGGAACCAAAAAGAACUAUGGAAAGCAUUAACAUGUGUAGCUAACGGCGCCGCAUCGUCCUACGAUCUGCGUUGAAAACAAUAGGAGAAAAAAUGACAAAAGGCGUUGAGUGGACAGGAGGAGAUCCUGUAAAUGAACCAACUCUGUAAGUCCAAAUCCAUGUAGUGACAUGUGGCCUUCGGCCGGCCGGGCACCUAGCUGUGUCCCCGCCAAAAAGAAAUCUACAUCCGCUCUAUAAUAUAAUUGUUGACAUUCUGUGAAUAUUCAGAUCCUUAUUACUAUUAUUAUUAUUGCGAUAUUAUUGACAUGUGUCUGGUACAGAGGUGUAGGUCAUCUGGUGAAGAAUGUCGUCAAGCCAAUUAGCGUCUUCUUUUUGUUUACUGAAUGUCGCUUCUACCCGUUCCACAACUUCUACCCAGUCCGUCAUCAAUUACUGUGUUUAGUCGCUGUAUAUAACGUGGCCGACGUGAGAGAUGACGCAAAACGAAAAUAGAGAACGACAACGAAAUCCGUAGGCGUAUAAUGUACUCCUGCUAUUAUUUUAUUGCUAUUAUUAUAUGCGUACAUAACAAGUAGUCGUUUAUCUUGAUUCCAGUGGUCGAGUCUGUGUGCGAUGGUGUGCGGACGUGUGUACAACGACGUAUGCACGCUUAUCUAUAUAAAUAAGAUAUACAUAAAUAUAAAUAUCAUAUACAUAAUACAAACAUAUAUAUAUAUAUAUAUAUAUAAAUGCGAUUUUAAUUAAUUAAAGGACUGACGAAUAAUAUAAUUGGUUGCAUCUUAUUAGUCGGUGAUGAUACAUUAAAAUGGGAGCGUGCUUGAGACGCGCCAAUUCCUUGUUACUUUGGUUGGCCGUGUCCUACUGUCGACCCGACGAUAGGGUCUAUGAGCGAGCGCGCGCGCGCGCGCGUGCUUGCGUGCGUGCGUGCGUGUGUGUGUGUGUGUGUGUGUGUGUGUGUGUG